AUGUAAAAAAAUCCUUCAGCAUAAGAAUAUAGAUCUCACCUAGUAAACCCAUAAAGUAUCGAUAAAUUCUUAUUAUGCUAAAUUUGCCAGUAGUUAGUUUUUAAACCUUAAGAGUGCGAGUCAUGUUAAAAAAUAUUUUGUCUCUAUUGCCUCUAAAAAUGGAUGUCAAUUUGCAACAACGAGACAUGCCCUAGUCAUUGUAAAUAAUAUAAAAUAAGGAAACCUCAUCAAAUUGUUACGAAUGCUAUAAAUUAAAUUCUUGUUAGAUGUGGAAAUAAUGGGUGUUCAGAAUAAAUGAUAAUGGGAAAUUUGGAGACUCAUAUUAAAAUUUGCUAAAAAGUCCAUAAGCCUAAUUUAUUUGAACAAAAGUAAGAUACAAAUCAUGGUCUUUUUGAUGAUUAUUGCUAGAAAUGCAAUACAAAAUAUAGCUAAUUCUGUUAGCAUGAUUGUAUAAAAAAACAUUUUAAUAAUUUUAAAAUCAAACUAAAAAAACUAUUAUCUGAUAACUUAUUCGAAAGAGUUUCUUAAUGUGAAAAACAAUAAAAUAAUUUGGGUGAUCCUUAAAAUGGCAUUAAAUAACCAUAGUUGGGUAAUCCUUAUUAAGAAUAACCAUAAGUUUUAUUUGGUGAAGAAGAAGAAUUAAUGAAAUUAUAAGAUCCUUCAUAAGUACAAUAAUAAGUAAAUUUUGAUAUUCCUUUAUGUGAAUUAAAUCACAAAUUGAAAUGGAUUUACCCUUAAAAUAAUAUAAUAUGUACAAGGUGUAAGCUCUCUGAUAUAUCAGUUCGAUAUGUUUGUGAACAGUGUAGAACAUGUUAUUGUUAAAAGUGUCGAAAACCGUAAAUUUAAUAAGGCCUUUGCCCUAUCGGCCAUGCUUUAAUAUUUCAAUUAAUUGCUCCUCAAUAAGUUUAUUGUGAUUCCUGCUUAUUGAAUAUUUCUUCAAGGGGAGAAGCUGUGUAUUCAGAUAGAUUUUGUGAUUUAGAUCUGUGCAAUAGUUGCUACUCGAAUUUAUAAAAAUAAUAUCAACAAUGA